CUGGUUUGUUUUAUUGUGAAAGCAGCGAGCGGAAGUCACGUGGUUAGUGUUGCCUGACUUGAUGGUGUUUCUGAGAGGAAACUUGCUGCAGACAGACCUUUUUAUCUUCAGUCUGUGAGACACACGGAGGUUUCUGAGUGUCUCUGCAGCUGCGGUCAGAACUCCGCCUGAAAUCCUGCUGAUUUAACCACAGCGGCUAACUGAGCUGCAGCCCGACGGCAGGUCCGAGCAGCUGGCCGGAGUGCCGCUGAGCAAAGCUGCUCCAAGCUGAUGACCCUCUAGAUCUCUGCAGCGACUCCCCUCCGGGCAGCAGAGGACACGUUUAAAACUCUUUUUAUUAAGGUUACUCCGACACACAGUGUGAUGUGAGGCGAUGCUCGCUCGGCCACCAUGGCCAGUGUCACGCUGAGGUACUUCUGUUACGGCUGCCUCGUCACCUCGGCCACCUGGUCCGUCCUCCUCUUCCUCUACUUCUCUCUGGGGGCGGAGCCCGGCCGCGGCAGGACGCCCCUGCAGCACCGCAGCCAGCCAAUCACCAAGGGCCUGGCCGACCGGAGGGCGGGGCGCCGGCCUCUACCGGCCAAUAAGGGAGGAGAGCUGUCGCCUGAGAUGGGGAUGAUCUUUAACGAAGCAGACCAGGAGCUGAGGGACAGCGGGUACCAUCGGCACGCCUUCAACGUCCUGAUCUCCACCAGACUGGGAUCCCACAGGGACCUGCCCGACACCAGAGACUCCCGGUGUCGGGAUAAGGUGUAUCCUCUGACUUUACCUUCUGCCAGCGUGGUAAUCUGUUUCUUCAACGAGGCGUUCUCCGCCCUGCUGAGAACCGUCCACAGCGUGCUGGACCGUACGCCGGCCCACCUGCUGCACGAGAUCAUCCUGGUAGAUGACCACAGUGAGCUCGAGGAGCUGAAGGACGACUUGGACCGGUACGUUAAAGGGGAGCUGCAGGGGAAAGUCAAACUGGUGAGGAACCAGAGGAGGGAAGGACUCAUCAGAGGACGCAUGAUAGGAGCCUCACAUGCUACUGGUGAGGUGCUGGUCUUCCUGGACAGUCACUGCGAGGUGAACCAGGCGUGGCUGCAGCCUCUGCUGGCUCCCAUCCAGAGGGACCGCCGCACCGUCGUCUGCCCCGUCAUCGACAUCAUCUCCGCCGACACUCUGUCCUACUCGCCCUCGCCCAUCGUCAGGGGCGGCUUCAACUGGGGGCUGCACUUCAAGUGGGAUCCCGUCCCCCCUUCCGAACUCAACGGGCCCGAGGGAACCACCGGACCAAUCAGGUCCCCCACCAUGGCAGGCGGUCUCUUCGCUAUGAACAGGAAGUAUUUUAAUGAGCUGGGCCAAUACGACGCCGGCAUGGACAUAUGGGGCGGGGAAAACCUGGAGAUCUCCUUUAGGAUCUGGAUGUGUGGCGGUCAGCUGUUCAUCAUCCCCUGCUCCAGGGUCGGACACAUCUUCAGGAAGAGGCGGCCCUACGGCUCGCCGGGGGGGCAGGACACCAUGGCCCACAAUUCCUUGCGGCUGGCUCACGUAUGGAUGGACGAGUACAAGGAGCAGUAUCUGUCUCUGCGUCCGGAGCUUCGUGAACGCAGCUACGGCGACAUCAGCGAGCGCGUGGCGUUGAGGAAGCGGCUGCAGUGUCAGUCGUUUCGCUGGUACCUGGACACGGUGUACCCGGAGAUGCAGACCGCCGCCAACGGCCACAAGCAGCAGCAGCAGCCGCUGUUCGUCAACAAGGGCCUGAGGCGGCCCAAAGUCCUGCAGAGAGGACGGCUCCGUAACCUAGCGACCGGGCGCUGUCUGGUGGCCCAGGGCCGCGCCAGUCAGAAGGGAGGAGUCGUGGUCCUGCGACCGUGUGACCCCCGAGACCCCGAACAGGACUGGACCUUUGACGAGGAGGGUCAGCUGGUCCUGGCAGGUCUGCUGUGCCUGGAUGUGUCAGAGGUCAGGACCUUUGACCCCCCCAGACUGAUGAAGUGUCACGGCUCGGGGGGGUCGCAGCAGUGGAGCCUGGGGGUGAGACGCCAACACACACCUAUUACGCACUGUCACUAUGAAUCCUGCUCUCUGAUUGGCUGUCAGGUGGCCAUUAAAGUCAUCAGUCUCCCCCACUCUCAC